AUGGUCGAUGAGAAAAAACCACGGAGGAAGUUCGUAGGAACAUCUAAACCAGCGAGUAGCCAACCAGUAGCAGCCCAGAGUGGCAUCCCGGAUGAAAUACUCAAUGACAGUCAGCUCAAUAUCGCUAUGGCACUUCUACCAGAUAACUACUCGUUUGAAAUUCACAAAACAAUACAUUGGAUACGUAAAGAGAGUGCAAGCAUUGUCGGUUUGCAAUUCCCUGAAGGAUUGCAGAUGUUCGCCUGUACAAUUUCUGAUAUACUCGAACGUUUCACAGAUGCACAGGUUGUAAUUCUUGGUGAUGUCACGUAUGGUGCUUGUUGCGUUGAUGACUACACUGCUAGGGCACUCGGGUGCGAAAUGCUCGUACAUUAUGGCCACAGCUGUCUCGUACCAAUAAAUCAAACUUCUAUCAAAACUCUCUACGUAUUCGUUGAAAUAAGUGUUGACUCAAGUCAUUUGGCGAAGACGAUAAGGAAAAAUUUCCCAACAAACUCACAAGAGUUCGAGAAUAAGCUUAUACACUCUGAGAAGGAUAAUUACGAAAGUGUAGAACUGGAGAAUGCCGAACCUAGAAAAACUAAAUUAGCAUUGGUUGGCACGGUUCAAUUUGUCGGUGCAUUACAGGGAUUGGCAAUUGAAUUGAGAAAUGAAGCACCGAAACCAGCUGGAUUGAUAGAAAGUGGUGGUAAAUCAGUAGAGGCACCAUCACAAGGAAAUACAGGAGUUUACACAGACAGUUAUGAAGUUAUCAUCCCUCAGAUACGCCCUCUCUCACCAGGUGAAGUUCUCGGCUGUACGGCGCCAAAACUCGACAGUACUGAUGCUUUGCUCUAUAUUGGAGAUGGUCGCUUCCACCUCGAAAGUAUUAUGAUCGCAAAUCCAACUGUGCCUGCAUUUAGGUAUGACCCGUACAGCAAGAAGAUAACGCGGGAGUACUAUGAUCACGCCGAGAUGCGUAUGUUGCGCAGUGACGCUGUAUCAUUAGCCAAGAGUGGCAGCGACGUACAAGGUGUCGAAGAUGCAGCCACUUGGGGUGUCGUUCUUGGCACAUUAGGUCGUCAAGGAAGCUUGAAAGUACUCGAGACGAUUAGCAACCUCAUAGAAACGCGUGGUGGAAUUGACUACGUUCCAAUACUCAUCUCCGAGCUUUCGCCUCAGAAGGUAUCACUUUUCGGUGAGCAGCUGUCGACAUUCGUGCAAACAUCAUGCCCGCGUUUGUCGAUAGACUGGGGAUAUGCUUUCCCUAAACCGCUUUUAUCGCCAUAUGAAGCUGCUGUCACUCUGGAGAGGACGCAGGGCUGGGAUAAGGACCUAGCCGGUGAUCGCGACUACCCUAUGGAUUUCUAUGCUAACGACAGCAGAGGUCCGUGGACACCACGUUAUGGUCUCAUGCCACCAAGGAGACCUCGGAGAGCGCAAGCGAAUGCCAACGAGAGUGCUACGCCAACUCCUGAAAAACUAGCUAAAGCUGUCGCAUCUAUAUAGACUGUAAAAUAAUAAAUUAUGCAUCCAUUUCACCGUUCUCUACUUCGAGUGCACUGUGUAUCAGUUCCGUCUGGAUUUCCUCAUUACUAGUGAGAUAUCCAAUUCCAUUAUCGCCUUCGAGAUCAACAGCCACAUCGUAUGCUGUCGCUAUAAGACUAUCUGUGAGUGGUACGGUGUGACUAGCGAGGAUAUUGAUAACGAUUGCUGUACGAUUUAUAGAUUCUCGAGUUUGUGAAUCAAUAUCGUCAUUUUCAUUACUAUACACUCCUUCACUGUCGAAACCUUCAUUUUCUUCAUUCAGAUUGACUUCCUGUCCAACUUGCAUGUGUUUACUAACCCAUAUCCGACCAUUAAGGCCAAUGAUAAGAUCUACAUUAACUGGAAGUGUGUAAAAGUGAGAUUUCAGCCGUCUCAUAAGGUUUGGUUGAACAGUUGCGAGUGUUCCGUUGCGAAGUUUACCAUAUUUCAAACUACGGGUGUGGAGGGAGACGCUACCGUCGUGGAAGAAUGACUGUACUUCAGCAACGCAGAGGUCGCCUUCUGUGAAGAAGUUGCGCAUCUGAAGUUCAUCACUCUCAAGUUUACGCCUCUGUACACCUCCUGGAAGGUUGAUUGAAGACAGCAUUAGUACUGCAUCUGAAGCAGCGUUUAUGUUGACUUUCCAACGCUUGGCUUGAACUUCUACGAUACGACCUAUGACCAAAUCACCGACUUGUGGUAAAUACUUAUGCUUUAAUGGUCGUACAGACACCAGCUUGUUGACUCUCUCUACGACACCAGACAUUUGUGAGAUGAUAUUACCGUCAUUAACGUAUGUACCGUGUCCAUGCAUAUAUGCUGAAGAAGAAGCUAUUAUCUCACCUGGUGCAGUCAGCUUAGAAGAGGAGAAAUCCUCGUCUUCGUCGUCGAUAUCUACACCAUCCAUGCUAAUAUCCUCAUCAAUAUCGUCUAUUUCUCUAUCAAUUUCGUUCUGAGCUUUCUCUACGAGAGUGAAUGUCAUAGUAGUUAAGAACAAAGGCCUGAAUUAUAACUAACAGCGUUCUCUAUAGUGAACUAAAAAAUGAUUUAUAAAACUUAGUUCUAGGAAUAUC